UUGUGAAUUCGAGCGCUCCAUGUUAUUUCGUGAAUUAACGACGGAAUAUAUCUUAAAUAUCAGUGGAAACUGUAAGAGAGGAAAUCCAAGUGGAGAAUUGAAAUAUUGACUGAGUGAUUCUCAAAGAAAUUCCAUUAUUUUUGCGUCAAUUCACGGUUAUUUGGGUGGAAUUUAUCAUUCAUCCUGAGAUAUCCCGCUUAUCACACAACAUCUUGUGGGUAUCACAAGCAAGAAGUAUAAAGCGUAACAUACACGUCAAGAUAUCGAAAAGGAAGGAUGGCAGUAAAUGAUGAACUGGGGAGAUUUUUAAAAACUGAAUUUGCCAGACAAACUAACACAAUCAAAGAGGAACUUGAAAAGUUAAGAGAAGAGAUAAAGCAGGUGGGGGUUGACACGGAUGAAAGAUUGAAAAACUGUGAAGUGAGACUCUCCAGAGUAGAAAGAGAAAUAUUGGAGAUAAAGAGGAGGUCGUUGAGGAAUAAUAUUAUAAUCUCUGGUUUGGAAGCUAAUUGUUCUAGUUUAGUAAAUUACGUUAUCUCCAAACUGAAUGCCCUUUUAAGCAUCAAUCUGCUAGAAACAGAAGUGAAUAAUAUAUACAGAUUGGGAAAAACUAAACCAGUCAUAAAAAUCGAAUUUGUAUCUUUUCUGGCCAAGUCUAAAGUUAUAGAGAACCGACAUAAAUUGAAGGGAUCCCGUGUCUACAUAAACGAAGACCUUUGUGAAGAGGAUCGUAACGAUCUCAAAAUACUGCGCCAACAAAUGAACGUGGCAAGAGCGAACGGUCAAAGGGCAUACAUUUGGCGGAGGUUCCUGAUUGUGGAUGGCGAGAAAUUUUCUGUGGAGCAACUGAAGGAUCAAACUGAAUUGGGACUACAGGCUCAUCUUGGGGAAGGUCCAUCAAACAUACCAACCGAUUUAGUAAGCAGCGCACCUAAUAGCCCGGCCCCCAUAACCCGUUUUACACAGAUGUUAACUGAACACGAACACUUGACAUUGGAAGAGGGCUCAAAGAUUAGCAAGGAGAUUUCAACGAUCAACCAGGUGCUGGAAAGAACCAAGGACUGGGAAAUAAAGAGCAGAACGAGAUCACAGUCUUCGGGGAGUGGUAGUGCCAAGAAAGAACAAAAACUGGUAACAGCAGAAACAAAGCAGUCUUCGGGGAGUGGUAGUGCCAAGAAAGAGCAAAAAACUAGUAACAGCGGAAGAAAAGGAAAGAAGGGAGGCUAGAAAACCGAGGUAAACUCCAUUUGUUUCAUCGAUUUUAGGUUUAAUUGUAUAUAAUGGAUCAAUUCUUGAGGGAUUUUGAAGGGGAAACAUAUAAGGCAGAAUAUAUAGAUUAUGUUGGGGACCUAGAGGCUUAUAACAUGGAAUCAAAGUUCAAAAUCAUUCACAAUAAUAUAAGAAGUAUCGACAAGAAUUUUGACGAGUUCAAACUAGUGUUGAGAACAUAUGCAGAUGAAUUUCAUGUAAUUGUUUUAACAGAAACUUUCAUGGUAGGAAACGUGGAUCUUUAUAAAAUCGAAGGAUACACAUGUAUGUACAGUUAUGGAGCUUUUAACAAAAAUGAUGGGGUUGUGGUGUAUGUCCGGAACGAUUUGAUGUUCAACGGAAAUGUAAUAAGUAUUGGAGAAAUUAAAGCGGUGGAAUUAGACCUUAUAUUUGAAAAUAAAAAAACUUAAAAUAACAGGAAUCUAUCGUUCACCAAAAGGAUGUCCAAAAAAGUUCAAUAGAGAUUUGGCGGACUAUAUUGAAACAACAGGUAAUAAGAGUAUGUGGGAUUAUCAUUUAGUUGUAGGAGAUAUUAACAUUGAUCUUUUAACGAACAAUGAAAUAGUUGAUGAAUACAUGAAUGUUUUUAGUUUUUUUGGAUACAAAUCAUAUAUAAAUGAUAUAACUAGGCCUUCUAGUGGUAGUUGCCUAGACCAUAUAUUUCUGGGAUGUCGACAAUCUGUUGUAGACCAGAGUAGAUCGUUCAUUAUUCGUACGGGAAUCACUGAUCACUAUACAAUUAGUUUAUGCCUCAACCUGAAAGAAAAAACUCCCGAAAGAGCCAUUGGAUACAAAACUUAUAUUAAUUAUCAGCAAUUAAGAAAUGAUUUAAAGGGAAUUGAUUGGCACGUUUUGAUGAAGAAUAAAGAUGUAGACUCAUUCGCAGAAUUGUUUA